GAAACACCAUUCUUCUCUGUGUUGAACACCGUCUCCCCUACUCCAUGUCAGAUUUCAACUCAACCGACUUCACCAACCCCUCCACCUUCAUCCUGCUGGGCAUUCCUGGUCUGGAGGAAGCCCAUGUCUGGAUGUCCAUCCCCUUCUGCACCAUAUACUCCAUUGCCACCUUGGGGAACUUCACCAUCCUGUUCAUUGUAAAGACGGAGCCGAGCCUCCAUGCGCCCAUGUACUAUUUCCUCUGCAUGCUGGCUGUCACCGACCUGGUCCUGUCUAUGUCCAUCCUACCCAAAAUGCUGAGCAUCUUCUGGUUCAAUUACAGGGAGAUCAAUUUCAGUGCCUGCCUCACCCAGAUGUACUUCAUUCUCAGCUUCACUGCGAUGCAAUCUGGGGUCCUUGUGGCCAUGGCUUUAGAUCGCUACGUGGCCAUCUGCGAUCCCCUGAGACAUUCCACCACCCUGACAAACUCUGUGGUGGCGAAAAUUGGCCUGGCCACGGUGCUGCGCGGUGCCAUGCUCGUACUGCCCAUUCCUGUCCUGGCGAGGAGUUGGCCAUAUUGCAGAACCAACAUCAUUUCCCACACGUACUGUGAGCACAUGGCUGUGGUGAAGCUGGCCUGUGCCGACAUCAGCGUCAGUAGUUACUACAGCCUCUCUGUGGCAUUCUUCGUGAUCAGUCUGGAUGUGUUUUUUAUCGCCAUGUCCUAUACCCAGAUCCUCAGGGCCAUCUUCAGUCUCCCAAGAAAGGAUGCCCGGCUCAAGACUUUUGGGACCUGCGGCUCCCACCUCUGUGUCAUCUUAUGCUCUUACAUCCCAGCUCUCUUCUCCUUCCUCACGCACCGGUUUGGGCACAAUGUGCCCCAGCAUUUACACAUUCUCAUGGCAAACAUGUACCUCUUGGUGCCUGCCAUGCUAAACCCCAUCAUCUAUGGGGUGAGGACUCAACAGAUCCGGGAUAGGCUACUCCAGCCCUUUACUCAUAAAGGGACCUAA